AUGCUACUCUUUUAUUUGCAGAGUCGUCUGAAGGAGGCUGUGCAGUUGUUGGAGGAUUACAAGCAUGGGACCUUGCCCCCAGGAGUCACCAACAAAGAGCUGUGGGGAGCUCAAAAAAUAAAGCAGGCCAUCAUCCAUCCCGAUACAAACGAGACCAUCUUCAUGCCUUUCCGAAUGUCAGGUUACAUUCCCUUUGGAACACCCAUCGUUGUUGGUCUUCUCUUGCCCAACCAGACGCUGGCAUCCACUGUGUUUUGGCAGUGGUUGAAUCAGAGCCACAAUGCCUGCGUCAACUAUGCAAACCGCAACGCGACAAAGCCUUCUCCGACAUCCAAGUUCAUCCAGGGCUACUUGGGAGCUGUCAUAAGUGCUGUCUCAAUAGCAGUGGGCCUUAAUGUUCUGGUUCAGAGAGCAAACAAGUUUACCCCCGCCACUCGUCUCUUGAUCCAGAGGUUUGUGCCAUUCCCUGCUGUCGCUAGUGCCAAUAUCUGCAAUGUUGUCCUGAUGAGGCACACAGAGCUGGAAGAAGGAAUUGAUGUUUUGGACAAUAACGGAAACAUUGUCGGGUCUUCCAGAAUUGCUGCAAAACACGCACUGCUAGAAACAGCCCUGACUAGAGUGGUCCUGCCAAUGCCUAUACUGGUUCUACCUCCAAUUAUUAUGUCCAUACUGGAAAAAACAUCACUUCUGAGGUCCCGUCCCCGGAUGAUUCUCCCAGUCCAAAGCCUCGUGUGCCUCGCUGCCUUUGGCCUGGCCCUCCCCUUGGCCAUCAGCCUCUUCCCGCAGAUGUCUGAGAUUGAGACAUCUCGGCUGGAGCCAGAAAUCGCAAUGGCCACCACCAGUAAGACUGUAGUCUACAAUAAAGGAUUGUAAGUGGAAGCGGACAAUCUCAGCCCAGAAGAUUUGGGG